AUGGGUGCUCAAGACCUACUUGAUAGCUUUUAUAGCAUUGAUAAUCUCGUGAGCAUAGAUAUUGCUAUCGACCCAGCUAAGUGGAACGACUCAGUCUUGAAGGCUUCACCACGCGGGGUCGGGGCGCCCAACUCAGACCCCCCACAAACAAAUUACGACUGGGUGGAAACGACGUCUGUCACGAUCUCCGGCACAAAAUUUCCGAAAAAGAGUACUUUCACCCAAGUAGCCAUCAUCAAGAAAUCAUUCUAUGGAUCUUUGAGCUUCACGAAACCCUCGAUCAAACUUGACUUCACAAGAUUCAACAAGGCGAACGAAGAUGAAAUCAAGAAUUUGAUUGGAACAGAUCGCUUGGUUUUCAAUAAUUGCAAGCAGGAUCCCGCGUACGUGCGCCAGCCGCUUGGCUACGAAAUCCUUCGGCAGGCAGAUCUGCCCAGUUUCCGCUGCAAUUUCGCGACUGCUUUCAAGAAGAAAUUCGUCAAAAAUCAAUUCAAAAGCGACAACGGCAAUGCGUAUGAGAUCACCUUCUUGGACGAUUUCGAUCCUGACCGCCUCGCUGAAGGCUAUUUGACUUUCGAGGGUUUCUCGGAGCACAAGGACAGGAAGGACCUCUUGCGCGCUGCGAGAGAGAUCAAAGAUCAAGGCUUAUCUGGAGCGAAGAAAGUCAUUGCUUGGGACCAGUAUAUUCGGUUUUUUGCCAUGGAGGCGCUACUUCAGCACUGGGAUGGCUACAACCAGAGCAUGAACAACGCCUUUCUCUACAAUGAUCAAAAAGCCAAGGCUGACCCAGACAUCGAGAAAAAUGAUAUCAACUUCAGCUUCAUCCCUAACGGGCUCGACCAGAUACUUCAAAAUGAUCAUGAAAUCCUGUUCAGCGGAUGGAAGUCAGUGCUAGCCAAGUUGACAAUUGCUGACAAGGAAGCCAAUGCAGAGCUGAAUGAUCAAAUUCGCAAGCUCGCUGAAAAGAUUUUUUCCGCCGAAAACCCGGCUGAAUCCAUUUACCCGUUCCUCGACAAGGAGACGGAGGUGUUGAGGAGCGCAAACGCCAGCUUCAAGCAGGAUGAUGUGGACGCCAUUAAGAAACGACUCUCGAACAUUCAGUCUUGGGCGUAUGCUAAGGUUGGAGCUCCGGAGUGA